AUGCAGUCUUCCAAUGCCACCAGUACUGUGGUCACCAAAAAACCCACCCGUGGUCUAUUAAUUGAUGAUCUUGUCGAAUUAUUCAUCAUGGAAGGUCAAUCAUUGCCUGCCACUGAUGUCAAUGGUUUAUCAGAUCCCUAUGUCUCUAUUUCAACCUCUUCAAAAUUGGCUCUUCAAAGCAAUAACAACAACAACAACUUGUCGGAAUCUGUUGUUUUCAAACCACUCGCACAAACCAAGGCCGUUUAUAAGAGUUUGAAUCCUGUUUGGAAUUCAAGAUUUUCCAUCUUGUACGAUGCCAUCUUAUUGUUUGAUUCGAUUCGAUUGCAUGUGAUGGAUAAAGAUGUUCUGAGUAGGGAUGAUUUUAUUGGUGAAAUUUGUAUUGAUCUUUCACAAACUUCUCUCGUGAAUGUCAUUCGGAAGGAAAGUAAGAGUAUUAGCCCACAACAUGUCAAUUCAAAAAUGGUUUUUGAAUAUUCCAUUUAUAGAAACGAUCCAUUGUUGCAAUUGGUGAAUGGUAAAGUGAAUGCCACGUAUGGUUCCAAUCAUAGCAGCUCAUCCAGUCCUAGAUCUGGUUCAUCAACCAUGGCAGUUGAGGAUUUAAAAUUAACUGCAUUUUCAUCUCCUUCUUUGAGUGGAUUAAAUUUGUUUGUUCCACUCAAUUGGACACAAGUCACACGAGAGUCUCCAGAAUUUGGAAUAAUUCCAGAUUCAUCCAUUCCAAGUGUUACCUUUAUCAAUGAAAGAGGAUUCAAAGAUGAAGAGGAUUUACAUGUGGAAGUUGGUGAGCAUGUCACUUUUCAAUGUGUCACAUUGCCAAGCCAAAGUGAAAUGUCUCUCGAACAAAAAAUUGAACAUGUCUUUCGAGAACAAAUUCUUGAAAAUUUACAAAAAUUACAUUCUUCACCUAUUGAGAUUGUUUUUGAAGAAUACAGUAAUUCUGUUGGAAAAUUAUUCGAAAAAGAUUCCUCUCUCUUCUAUUUCCAUAUUCAAUAUGUUUACAAAAAUAGAAAAUAUCAUUUAGAAGAACCUGGAGUGAAUGCAAGAUAUUUUUUCAUUACAGGCAACAGUGGAGACACUGACCGUGCUCUCAUUGUGAAAUUUGCCACUGAACAUUCCGUCUAUGAAAGUUCCUCGACCUUACAAGACAAGAACAAAGAUCAAUCCUUAAUGGGACGUCUCAAACAGGUCACAACUUCCACAGCGAAUUCUUUGAAUCCACUUGUACAAGGUGGUAUUCUCUUUCCAACAAGACCAAAAUUCUUUGAUACCAAAUUAGUGAGUGGAGAAAAAGACAUUACUCCACAAAUUGCGUUGCAUCCCAUUGUGAAAGAAUUGCAACAAGUGUUGACCAAGUUGAGUUUUGAUUAA